ACGUUGCGGUGUUUUGAAUGCGGCUCAGGGGGCUGAAGGCUUGUUGUUAGCAGGGAAGGGUCUCCUGUGUUCACACUUCUCCUCUUCACUUCUCUCUCUCCCUAUCUUUCUCUUUCUCUCUCUUUUUCUGAUUAAACACUCUUCACACACUGCAGAAGCUGCGGAGCGAUUACCGGGGUCUCUCUCUGUUAUGAACAGCUGCUUUUCCAGGAACAUCCCUCCCUCAGUCUGGGCUUCAGCUGAUUGUCAGUUUCACUCCUGUGUGUUAAAAGUACAGCAUUAAAAAGCAUCUUCUGUAGAACUGUGCAAGCAGACCUACACGUCGAACUCUUAAGCCAUGGUUGUGAGGAAGCUGCUGGGUCUGGUGGGCGUGGUGCUGCUCUGCUGGAUGUCACCCAGCUGUGGAAUGCCUGAUCCACGGCAGCGUGAAGAUCUCAUAAAGCAGGAGCUGAUCCGAGAGAUAGGAGGCGGCGUGGUGCUGAACGAGCAGGAAAAGCUCCUGGAUGCAAAACUUGAGCAGCUGAAGCUGCAGGACAUGAGUCUGCCAGAGUUUCCCCCUGCGAUGCACUUCUUUAGAGCGAAGCCUCUGAUCGAGCAGAGCCCAGUCUACAGUUUGCUGAAGAAGAUGCCUAAAGGUGCAGCACUCCACGUUCAUGACUUUGCCAUGGUUGGAGUUGAAUGGCUGGUAAAAAACGUGACCUACAGAGAGAACUGCUACGUGUGCUUUACAGACGACCGAUCGGUUCGGUUUGUUUUCUCUGCAGAGCAGCCUAAACCACAGAGUCACUGCUCCACGUGGACCCUGCUCAGACCUCUGAGAGAGAAGCUGAACAGCACUGAGCUAGACAACAGCUUCAUCCGUAAUCUCACACUGUUUACUGAAGACCCAGAUACAGCCUACCCGAACCAAGACAUUGUCUGGAAGAGGUUUGAACAAGCGUUCUUUGUGGCCUAUGGACUGGUCACUUAUGCCCCUAUCUUUAAGGACUACCUGUAUGAAGGCCUCAGGCAGUUCUAUAUGGACAACAUCAUGUAUAUGGAAGUCAGAGCCCUACUGCCACCAACAUAUGAGCUUGAUGGCAGAAGAAACAGUAAAGACUGGAGCAUGAGGGCUUGCCGAGAGGUUGUCAAACGCUUUAAGACUCAGUACCCAGAUUUCUUGGGUGCUCGAAUUAUCUUCACUGUUCACAGGGGCAUUAAUGAAACAGAAGCCGUUAAAACUGUGGAAGAGGCACUGACACUACAGAGGAACUUUCCAGAUAUCAUGGCAGGAUUUGACUUUGUGGGACGUGAGGACAGUGGAAGACCUCUGUGGUAUUUUAGAAAGGCUUUGGAAUUGCCUGAGGAACAGGGCACCCCUCUGCCCUUCUUCUUCCAUGCAGGAGAGACUAAUUCAGAGGGUACAGAUGUGGAUCAGAACAUAAUGGACGCUCUGCUGUUCAACACUUCUCGCAUCGGUCACGGAUUUGCAAUGACACGCCACCCUGUGGUCAAAGAGCUCGCCCGGAAGAUGAAGGUACCAGUGGAGGUUUGCCCCAUAUCUAACCAGGUCCUGAAGCUGGUUUCAGACUUGCGGAACCAUCCGGCCGCUGCGCUGAUGGAGGAAGGCCAACCCAUGGUGAUCAGCUCAGAUGAUCCAGCUCUGUUUGGAGCGACGGGACUUUCCCAUGACUUUUACCAGGCCUUUAUGGGCUUUGGAGGAAUGAGGUCUAAUUUAGCCACCCUGAAGGAGCUCGUCAUUAACUCUCUUAGGUAUAGCUCCUUGUCCUCCACAGAGAAGGAAAAGGCCAUUGCAGAUUUACUUGUGAAAUGGGACAAGUUUGUCUUACAGACUUUGCUCUAGACCUGCUUAAGAAAGAAGACUCUUACAUUUUAAUAUUAUAAAGUGCAAUUGUACAGCCACGGAAAAAAAAAGUGUAAUAUGCACUUUACUGGUGAUCCAGACAGCUGUUUUAGUGUGGAUGGUGAUGAUGAGUACACUGAGGGAUGUUUAUGUUCUCUUAGUCUGAGAGUUAUUAUUAAUGCCCUAUAAUUUUUAUGAGUUAUUAAUGAGUUAUAAAGUUGCAAUGCUGAGAUCUGGAAUAGUUUUCUGUACAUGUGUCACCCUCUAGUGGAGGAAUUCAGUUUUAUACUCUAAAUCUAGCUAUGAUUAACAGCCUGCUACAACAUGAUGGGAGGUGAUUUUUGGGUCAUUUCAGUAGUGGAAAUAGGGUUAAAACCACUGUACAAAAAACAAAAACAUUCCCAGUAUAUUUAAGGACACUAUAAUAAUGAUAUACACUGCCUGCCAAAUAAAUAAUCUCAUAAUAUGUGUAUUUCAAUUUUAGAAGAUAAAAUUGUUGAUAUUUAAACUGAAUAAUAAUAAGCAUUUCAUUUGCUAAGCAUUGUUUUUCAAUCCGUUUUAAAUACAGUUAUGUUUAAAGUGUGUUCACAGGUUUACAUUAACAGGAUUACAAUGGAUCAUUUAGAAGCUACUAUUUUCCAACACAUUCAUUUUCAUGUAUUUCAUGGUAUUUUUGUGUGUGUGAUUUGUGGUUUCAUUAAUAGUGUAUUUGGAUUUUGGAUAAGUACCGAUCAUAAUACAUAAGGGCAGUUGAAUGUAAAUAUGUUUUUACAUGUAUCAUCUCAGGGAAGCUGUAAAAAAAGCUAUAAAAUGCCAAAAGCAUUUAAAUAAUUAUCGUUAUUCUUUAAUAAUAAUAAUCUUUUAUUUUGAGGGGAUUGUCGUAAUUAGAUCAUCAGGGGAAGAUCAGAUUUCAGUAUUUUGGUUUACAGUGUUUUGUGUCUGUCGGCUUAACAGAAAUGGCAGAUGUGUGUUUAGUUAUCCAGUGAUGGUGCCUUAUGUUAAUGCAACUGCAAGGCAGAGCCAUAAAUAAUGAUUGAAAUUAUAAUUAGGCAUUUUUCAAAAAGUGGAGAAAACUAGGGGGAAAAAAUCAUAUUUUUAGAAAACAAAAUAAUUUCCCCCAUGCAGGUUUUUGACUGCAGAUUGUUUAAGAGUGUAAGAAUCAAAAUAACAAGCUGAACUCUUUCAAUAAAGAAAUUCAAAGAGA